AUGAUAAAGGAAAUCUGUGCAGAUGCUUUAACGAUCGUUGAACCCGCCAAAGAUGGAUACCAGCUCACUAUCAAGCUCAACUUAUCUAAGAUCCCCCCAGGCAAAGAGUCGAUAAAGGUCAUCACGGAGAUCUCCGCGGUGCAAGCAAAACUUCUAAGCUGUCAACUGAAAGAGAUGCUGCGGAAUGUUAACUCUCAGGAACAGCUUCAAGGGAUGUACAAGCCAAUCAAACUCGUCUAUCACCACAGAGAGCCCUUCUUUGUCAUCAGACAGCCACGGAAGAUCGCAACAGUUUUUCCUAUGCGAUUCAAAGAAGAUCCAGAUGUGAUCGUAGCAACCACAUUCUUUCAGGUCCAACUCAUGGAUGUGGGAAGUUCAGAAGAAUGGGCCAAAGCACCUCCAUGUACAUGGUCACCUAUCCCUCCUGCCGAGUUGAGAGGGGAACCACUUGAAGAUUUGAGCACCAACUGCGGUUUCGUUUCGUUCGAUAUUACUUCACAUCAUGUGAAAGGCAAAAGGCUGGACAAGAUAGUAUGGAGUUUACUGAAUUUCCAUGCCUUCGUCAAAUAUCAUGUGAAGUGCACUCGAGGCUUUACACAGAGAAGGAUGAGAAAGCGCUUGAACAGUCUUGUCAAGGUGAUCAACCAGUAUCAUACCUUCAAAUACAACUAUCUAGUUUCUGACUGUUACCCGGAUGUUUUAUGUUCAUUUUUCAAACUACAGAUCCUUCACAGUGAAGGCCCAGAAGAAGAAAGAGAGCAUGAAGAGGAACCUAAAGGUUGUGGGUGCAUGAGUAGCUUCGCUAGUACCUCAAGAGCUAAGAACCUCAAACGAAGAUGCCAGAACUUAUUUGUCAGGAAGUCCAAGAGAAUACAUUUCCCAGUCAAAGUUCGUGGAGGCAUGCGCUUUAGGCAUCGGUGGUUGAAGAUCCCGAAGUUCUCUUCACCAAGGAGAUACACCAAAUUAGACUAACAGUUUGUGAUUUUGUUACGUUUGAAAUCAAAGCAUCACUAAUCCACAGAAAAAUAGCC